CUCGCGCGAAGUCACCGGAGAAAGACUUGCAAAUUCUUGGUUGCUCCAACCGGCAGGCGGUUUGGGUUUGGCUCCACCAGUAGCAGUGGAAAGUGUUUGUGCUCAUUUUGGUUUGAAUGAUCGUACCGCGUGUGGUGUGCUGCUGGUACCGAAGGCAUCGCACUGUUCCGACCCGCUAAUCGACUAUCCCGGUGAGACCGGUACACUCGUCCUAGCGCGCGGCACGUCUACAGGCAAGCUGCUUUCAAAGGAAACGCGCCAACCAUGCACGGUGGAGGAGUAGACACCGACAAGCAGAACGGCGGCGAUACGGCCUCGCUGCGAGAGAAGGUACAGCUGCGAAGGGGAGAAAAAUGGCGCAUCCUGAAGAACAUCAUCACGGUGUCGGUGGCGUUUAUGGUGCAGUUUACCGCGUUCCAGGGCACGGCAAAUCUGCAAUCCUCGAUCAAUGCAAAGGACGGGCUCGGCACGGUGUCGCUCAGCGUCGUCUACGCGGCGCUGGUAGUGUCCUGCAUCUUCCUGCCCACGCUCGUCAUCCGCAAGCUCACCGUGAAGUGGACGCUGUGCGUGAGCAUGCUCUGCUACGCCCCGUACAUUGCCUCGCAGUUCUAUCCACGGUUCUACACCCUGCUGCCCGCGGGCGUGCUACUCGGCCUGGGCGCUGCCCCGAUGUGGGCCAGCAAGGCCACCUACCUGACGCAGCUCGGCCAGGUGUACGCCAAGCUGACGGACCAGUCGGUCGAGGCGAUCAUCGUGCGGUUCUUCGGGUUCUUCUUUCUCGCCUGGCAAACGGCUGAGCUGUGGGGCAAUCUGAUCUCCAGCCUCGUGCUGUCCAGCGGUGCGCACGGUGCGGCCUCGGUCACCGACGAGAUGGGCAAUGGAACGGGCGGCUCCCAUCAUGAUGAUUCGAACCUGGAAAGCUGCGGCGCCAACUUCUGUGUCGUCGAAACGUCCAACAACGCCAACCUGCAGCGUCCUCCGGAUUCGGAGAUUUUUGAAAUCUCUGCCAUCUAUCUGUCCUGCAUCGUGGCCGCCGUGGUGAUCAUUGCCGUGUUUCUGGAUCCACUUUCACGGUACGGCGAGCGGCGGCGCGGGUCCAUCUCGGCGACGGAAAUAUCCGGCAUGCAGCUGCUGUCGGCCACGUUCAAGCAGCUGAAGAAGGCCAACCAGCAGCUGCUGAUUCCGAUUACCGUGUUUAUCGGCAUGGAGCAGGCAUUCAUCGGUGCGGACUUCACGCAGGCGUACGUGUCGUGCGCGCUCGGCAUUCACCAGAUCGGCUACGUGAUGAUCUGCUUCGGCGUGGUUAACGCCAUCUGCUCCAUCAUUUUCGGUUCCGCCAUGAAGUACAUCGGACGCGUCGUUAUCAUUAUCCUAGGCGCGAUCGUUCAUGGAGCAUGCAUAAUCUACCUUUUGUACUGGCGGCCUCAUCCCGACCAUCAGAUAGUAUUCUUCAUCCUUUCCGGCCUGUGGGGCAUCGGUGAUGCCGUGUGGCAGACCCAGAUCAAUGGACUUUACGGUGCCCUGUUCCGGCGCAACAAGGAGGCCGCCUUCUCCAACUACCGGCUGUGGGAGUCGGUUGGGUUCGUCGUCGCCUACGCCUACUCUACGAAUCUGUGCGCCCGCAUGAAGCUGUACCUGCUGUUUGGCGUGCUCGUGUGCGGCAUGGUUGGCUACACGAUCGUCGAGAUACGGCAGCUGAAGAAGGAGAAGCAUCUCAAGAAGCUGGAAGAAAUCCCGAAACAGCAGCAAACGGAAGCGGACCGGAAGGUCAUCGAAGAGGACGACGAAAAGGACGAGCUGGAGGAAGACAUUGUGGUUACCCAUCUUUGAUGGAUUCAGCCCGGAUCGGCUCUGUUAUCGUCUUUUUACAGUCAGCACUGUUUGCCUGCUUCGUUCGCUCCCGAUUGUUACCACUUAUGAAUGAGUUAUCAUGUUCGUAUAGAAUGUUAGCCGUUAAAUUGUCGUACCAAGAGUCUUAGCAACACCGUUCACAUCAACUAUGCUAUACACACACACACUCACACAUAAACUCUCGCAACAAUACACAUAUGCCACAUACGAGAAAAGCUCAGAUCAAUUCCACAGCAGUACUAGAGCAGAGCAAGAUGAAUGCAUUCAGUUUAAGAUAGCAAGCAGGUUUAGUAUAAAUGAUAGAGACGCAUGCGAAUGCAAAUGGCUUCGGUCGAUGUGUUGUGUGUAUGUUAAGACCAGCUGCUCGCGGUAUAAGUUUCACCAGUAGGAUCGUGCAUCAGUGCAGCGGUCUCGACUUUGUGUAAUUCCUCGACCUUGCCCGUCAGUGCAGCGUAUUUGUUAAUGUUUCCUAAAAGGUUCUAGAUGAAUUGUACAACGUUUCGAUAAAAUACUUACGAGAUAAAUGAAGUACGAUUAUUACAACA